AUGUUUGAGUGCGAGGAGUGUGGCGACGAAUUCUGGUACCGCGAAGACCUCACCGAGCACCUGGAAGAUUACAACCACUGGCGUGAGUGCGAGACUUGCACCAGGAUCUUCACCACCCAGCGCGCUUGUAACCAGCAUAUGAACGACACCGACCACUGGGCACCUCGAUAUGAAUGUGAGAGCUGUGAUAGAGAGUUUAUGUCUCGGAAUUCUGCCAACCGGCAUAUGAAUGCUGUUGGACAUUGGGCGCCUAAAGUUCCCUGCGAAUCGUGCUCUGCUAAAUUCCACACCCAGCAAGCUGCGGAUCAACAUAUGAAGGCUCGGAAUCAUUUCAAAAACUACUGCAGAACUUGUGAUCGUCGAUUUAUAAAUGAAAAUAACCUGCGAGCUCACCUCAAUUCCAAGACCCACCGUGGCACAAACGUCCCCUGUCCUUUCUGCAAGACAAAAUACACAUCAGCCAAUGGCCUCGCUCAUCAUCUUGAAACAGGUUCCUGUCCUAGCGCCUCCAAGCUUAAUCGCGAGACCAUCUACCGUAUGAUUCGCGAGCGCGACCCCCACGGGGUCAUUACUAAAAGGCAGAUUGAAUGGCAUGGGAGAGCUACUGCUGUAUACACAGCAACUGAUCGCGCAUUUAAUGGAUCUCACUGGGAAUGCUACAUCUGCCAUAGACAGUUUCGGCUCAGGCAUCACCUGAACCAGCACCUCAAUUCGCCUGUCCACCAGCAGAAGGUGUAUCAUUGUCCGAAGCGGGCUUGUGCGAAGGAGUUUGUUACCUUGGCUGGUUUAUUCAACCAUCUUGAGAGUGAGAGUUGCGGUAUGAUGAGAUUUGAGAAUGUGCAGCGACACGUAGGCAAUGUCAUCCAGGGCCGGCACCUCAUCUCUUUCUAG